ACCGGGCUCUGCCGGUGACAGCAGCAAACGCACCGAGUCCGAGCAGCAGCAGCAGCAGAUCAGCAGCAGAUCCACAGAGCUGCUGAGGUCUGGACGGCUUCAAGGAGGGAAAACAAGCAGAACUACAGAAAGAAAAGAGGAAUCCACAUUUUUUUUCUUUUAUGUUUUUUUUUUGACGUGUUUAUGUUUUAGAAAAGUUGCAUCUGAGCACAAAGACGCACCAGACUGUUGGAGGAGAUACUGGCGGACGGAGUGUUUGGAAAGAACAGCUUGUUUGAGGACAGAGCGCAGAGGAAGUGGCCCAGAGAGCAGCGAGGUCCUGGGAUGAGAGCUCUCUGCUGUUUCCUUGUUUCCUUCAGACCUCCAGGAGGAGUAAACUGGGCGACACACUGAGAGUGUGUGGUGUGUCUGACGCCGUCAGGCUGCCAUGGCUCUGGUUCAGGCACUACCUGUGACCGUGAGUGACCACCCCAACCCGGGUCUCGACGUCCAGCAGUGCCGGCCGCUAUCAUCGUCCCACUCCCCCUCAGGUCCCUGCUCUGGCCCCUGUGGGCCCUGCAGCACUGAGACAGCCAUGGGUUCUGUCAGCAGUCUCAUAUCAGGCCGGACGUACCAGGAGAGACACUGCAGGGCUGCCAGUGAAUUCCCCACUAAGCCACGACGCUCCACGCAGGCGACCAGCUGCUUCCGGCUCCAGGAUAACACCCUCCGCAGUGGUAGCUCCCUGGAGCAGCUGCUGGUCAUCAGCAACCAGGCGCCGCCUCAGGCCCAGGUUCAGCCUCCACCUCUGCCUACCAAGAAGCAACCGCGACCUGGAAACUCUGCUGGGGCAAGUGGAGGUGGAGCUGUUGUUGGAGCAGUAGGUGGCGGCACUAAUGGGAACUUUGGGUAUGUGAGUGAUGAGGUGGUGGCUGGAGACUGGAAUGACAAUGUGGUGCUGACAGCUGCAAGCCCCUGCAGCGACUCCGAGGACCAAAGGGACAACAGAACUCUGAACGGCAACAUAGGUGGCCCUCCUCCCAAACUCAUCCCAGUGUCAGGACAGUUAGAGAAGAACAUGGAGAAAGUGUUGAUCCGUCCGACAGCAUUCAAACCUGUUGUUCCCAAGAAUCGCCACUCUGUACAGUACCUGUCCCCACGGCCAGGGGGCAGCAGUCUGUCAGAGAGCCAGGCCAGCCUCAACCUCCUGCUGCCCCUCGGAGGGUCCAGCAGCGCCAGCGGCACAAACGGCAACGGUGGAAGCAGCAGUUCCAGCUGCGAAGGGAAGCGUAACUCCUACAGCGGAGGUCGCAAUGCUCGGAGCAGCCAGUCCUGCUCCAUGUCGGAUUCAGGGAGGAACUCCCUCUCCAGCCUCCCAACUCACAGCAGCACAGGCUACAGUUUGGCCCCCAGCGAGGGCUCCAGCUCCGGGUCAGCCUCUGGGGGCCAGUUGGAGCCUGUGUCGGGCCUGGGCCGAAACACUUCAGGUGGAAGUGGGAGCCACGGUCACAGUAACUCAGACAGUGGACGUUCCUCGUCCAGCAAGAGCACAGGCUCGGGGUCGCUAAGUGGGCGCGGGCAGCCCCUGUCGGACAGCGGGUCCUGUGGACACUCACCGCCACCUGUGGAGGGCUACGAGGCCGUGGUGAGGGAGCUGGAGGAGAAGCUGAGGGAGCGAGACUUGGAGCUGCAGCAGCUCCGAGAAAAUCUGGAUGAGAAUGAAGCUGCCAUCUGCCAGGUGUAUGAAGAGAAGCAGCGUCGCUGUGAAAGAGAGAUGGAGGAGCUGAGACAGAGCUGUGCCACUAAGAUGAAACAGGCCUCUCAGAAGGCUCAGAGAGCACAGCAGGUGCUACAGCUGCAGGUAUUUCAACUACAGCAAGAGAAGAAGAAGCUGCAGGAGGACUUUGCCUCUCUGCUGCAGGACAGAGAGACGCUGGAAAGGAGGUGUGCCACCAUCCAGAGGGAACAAACCCAGAUGGGGCCACGUCUGGAAGAGACAAAGUGGGAGGUGUGUCAGAAGUCAGGAGAGAUCUCCCUCCUGAAGCAGCAGCUGAAGGAGAUCCAGUCGGAGCUCAGCCAGAAGGCAGGAGACAUCGUGGUCCUGAAAGCCCAGCUGAGAGAAGCUCGCUCUGAGCUGCAAGCGAGUCAGGUUCGAACCCAGGAGGCCCAGGCGGCCCUACGGACACGAUCUCUGGAGCUGGAAGUCUGCGAGAACGAACUCCAGAGGCGCAAGAGUGAAGCAGAGCUGCUCCGGGAGAAAGUGGGCCGAUUGGAAGAGGAGUUGGCCCGGCUCCGUGACACUCUGUCCAGUCACAGCGGAAGCAUGAAGGGUCAGUGCAUGAGCCUCUCCCUGCAGCAGGGCAGAGGUGUGGCAGGAAGAGGGGGUCCCAGUCCCUCUGUGUACCGCGAUGGAGAGGAGACUCAUCUGGUCUGGGGAGGAGAGAGCGACGAAGCCAAGGCACAGAGGCAGAAUGCAGAAACGUUGUUGGGCCUCAGACAACAGGUGGACAGGCUGAAGGCUGAGCUAAUGUACGAGAGGAGAACCAGUGAGGAGCAACUAUCUCGGUUUGAGGACGAGAGGAGGAUCUGGCAUGAGGAGAAGGAAAAGGUAAUCCGCUACCAGAAGCAGCUGCAGCAGAACUACAUCCAGAUGUACCGUCGCAACCGCGAUCUGGAGCGAGUGAUGAGGGAGCUGAGUCUGGAGCUGGAGAACAGGGACAUGGAGGACUAUGAGGUUCGUAGCGGCAGCAAUGACAUCCACUUUGAGGAAAUCACUGCCACAGAGAUCUAAACACACACGCUUACAGUAAUAUGUGCACAGAAACAUGGAAACAUGACUCACAAAAGACUCUGAUGGUGUAAACCAAACGUUGAACUGGGCCAAAUACUGCACUAUCUCCAACAUGGCUUUACCUGGACCACUAAGUGAGCUUUCAACCGCUCGCCACUGUCAAAAGGGAGCUCUCCCAAAGGUGCAUUCUUAUUUCCUGCUAGUGGAGAGGCUCUCCAAUAAAUCCUUAUAAGGUGCCUCCCAUGGCGCUUUUAAGGGGGUUUUAUUCCACUACAAAGCCAGCACAAAGACUUCUUUCCUUCUGUGGGAGCAAAAGCAGUGAAAAAGUGUUUCUUUCUCAGACCACGUUCGAAUCAGGGUGUUGAAAAUCGAUGGGAAUUUAAAGCAAAAAAUGUUACUUCACAUGGAGCAAUCUGGUCGACAACUUUCUUGGUAGCACACGAUGUUAAACACCCGGCCACCAGCAUGCGUGUAAAUCAUGCAUCGAGAGAGCAGUUCAAUCAGUCACCACCACCGCUGGCUAUUAAUGACCGCAUCACCUGUUCAGCUGUGCUCAUUGGCGACACAAACGACCACAGCACCACUACUAUCAUCUGCUAUUUGCUUUUAAUGGUAUAACAAUCGUUCAUUUUACAAAUAAUUAAAAGGGGGUUUAUUUGAAAAGGAAUGUAUUGUGACGUAUCACGUCAGAGGAAUGCAGUUUAAAUGGUCAUCACCUGCAAUGGGAAACGUAGUAUUAUGUUGCACAGCUUUCCAUCUCUCUUCGGAUCAUUUUGGGAUACAGCAGUUUUCUCAUGAGGCAAAUCAACUAAAACGAAGCAGUUUUAGCGUGCGGCUCUUGGUUUGCUUACACGUGGACAUCCUCUUCUGUCAUUUCUCCAAACCACCGAGGACACACAAACCAAACGCUCAGAGGAAACGCUUCAUUUGAACUCUGCUCGUGUUUUCUAGACCACCAACAGUCGCGCCGUUGCUCUCGAUCAACUCUUUCAAAUGGUGCAGUGAGCUCUGACAUAAACAUUUACAUUUUACAAUUAGCACUAGGAAGCAGACCGUAGCAUGGCACCAUAUUUCACUGUCUUUUUCUGGCUUUCUGUCUCCUCUCUCUCUCUUGUUCUCUUCUUACUCAACUAUUUUUAUAACGACAAAAAGCACCUCGGCGGAUGGUAUCAGGAAACUAAAAAUAGAGCAUAUUACAGUUCGGUCGUGACGUCACAGAGAUUUAAGCCAGUGUUUUAACAGUAGGCAUGCUUAUUCAGAGUUUCCAUUUAUUCCCUUCCACUCCCAUUAGUGCUCUUUAUUUAGCUCCUGGCGACCCGAAGCCAAAUACCACUUUUUAAAAUCUUCACUGACUGCUAUACAGGUAGUGAGACUGGCAUGUCUGCAUGUCUUUGUUAUAUGAGAUUUCAGAGGAAGCUGGUGCAGGUCAAGUCGAGAUGAGAGUUUGCAGAAGCAGUAGCUCCAGAGCUGAAUGUCCUCAAGGCAGGUCUGCUUUUAAAGGCCCCUAAAUAUAACCGGGUGAGGGGCACGUUAACAUUCGAAGCUGUAUGUUGCUCUGCUCUGUUUUCUCACAGUAUACGCAGGGCUGUGUAUAACACUGAGCAUGGGCUGCUGAGAACUUUUAUUUUGCAAAGAGUCUAUAUGGAGGAAUAAUAGUUAAAUGGAAAUCUAUAUAAUGGAGGAGAAGUUGUAUAUUUUUAUAUAUAUAUAUAGCACCCGAAGAUAUUUUGUUGUAGUACUGGUAUAAGUGUGGGUUAAUGUAUAUCACAUACCAAUGUUUCAAAUGACGGAUCAAUUGCAAAUGGAGGCGGCAGCAUAAAAAGAGUGCACCUAAUACUGUAAUGCAUGAAAACUUAAUGUUUACAUUAUAUAAUCUGUGUGGAAAGCAUUCUAAUGACCAAACUUUUUGCAGGUGAUGAAACAGAGGGGAGCUUUUUAUUUUAGGCUAAUUUUCGGCCUGUUGUCUCUCCAUUUUGAUUGAUCUUUCACUUGAUUUUCAGUAUCAUAUUAUCACACCGGUUCAUGUCGUCAUCGUUGGGUUUUGUCGUUCAUUUGUAAAUGCAUGUCAUUUCGAGAGACUUCUUCGUUAAGCUGAGGUCAGACCUGAUGCAAACCGAGAAGGUGUUAUGUUUCCUAUACUUGGAAAUUCAGUUGAAUUUGAUCAGUCCAUUUGAUCGGGCUACAUUUUGCAUGACAUUACCACAUUCACUGUGGGUUUUAGAGAUUAUUAAAAAUCUGCACUGUGCAUAUAUUGUUAAAGUAAAGCCAUGGCAAGUGACUUUGAAAGGAACAAGCUGUGUUUCUCCAACCACAUUCACUUUGUUAACCAGACCUAGACUGUUACUUACUCACCCACAGGUACAUAUUAACAACAAGCACAGCUGCUGCAAAACAAACAGACUCACUCACUCAAAAGCACUGUGUGCAUCUUGGACUUUUCAUUGUUUUUUUUCCCCUCAUAUCUCAGUUCUCUUCAUUGUUACAUAACCGUUUUCUGUGUAAAUAUGUAAAACACUAAAUAGUAUAACAGAGUGACAUUGUCUUUUAUUUAGACAAAAUAUCUAUUUCAAAUGUAGCCACUGUGACUAGACCAAAGCAACGUAACACUUUUCUUUUUUUUCUUUUGUGGCAUUUUUCCCCAUCCUUGUGCUCAUUUUUUUGUGUGUGUUUGCUUACGUUGUGUCUUCAUUAAUUCAUAAAGUAUGUAGUUGUCUCUGUAUAUUUUUAUGUGUACAUUUCUUGUACAAAUGACUGUGUUUUUAAUUAAAGAACAAGUUGUCACACCUUAAA